AUGUGGUGGAUGUUGUUUCCCCGGUGGAUUUGGUUUGUGUUUGGACGAUGUUUCGUCUUCUACUUAAUAGUAGACCACGAUCGGGUAAGAGCGAUGCCCAUGUCUGUUGCCAAAGUGGUUUACUCUCAUGCAGGAAUGUGUCCCAACGAGAUGAACCCCAACUUGUGGGUGGAUGCAAUGAGCACCUGCAUGCGCGAAUGCGAAUCCGACCAGGACUGUGAGACCUUCGAAAAGUGCUGCCCCAACGUGUGUGGUAACAAAAGUUGCGUGGCGGCGCGCUACAUGGACAUCAAAGGAAGCAAGGGUCCCGUGGGCAUGCCAAAGGGUGCCACUUGCGACAAGUUUAUGUGCACCCAGCAGGGUUCCGAGUGCGACAUCUGGGAUGGCCAACCCGUGUGUAAGUGCCGUGACCGCUGUGAGAGGGAGCCCCACUUCACUUGUGCCUCGGACGGGAUGACCUACUACAACAAGUGCUACAUGGACGCGGAGGCCUGUUCCAAGGGCAUCUCCAUCUCCAUGGUCACCUGCAGGUAUCACCUCACCUGGCCCAACACCAGCCCACUGCCCCUGGAGACCACCCUGCGGCCAACCACCGCCCUUCUGGAAACCACCCUCCCCGCCGACAUCCACCCUCCCAGUAUACUCAGCAGCCCAACCCAGCAGGCUGUGUUUGUUGGCGAGACGGCCGGCUUCCUGUGUGAGGUUUCUGGAAAGCCCCACCCAGAAGUGACGUGGGAGAAGCAGCUGGAGGGGAAGGAGAACACGGUGAUGGGGCCCAAUCACGUGAAGGGUAACAUGGUGGUCACCAACAUUGGCCAGCUGGUCAUCUACAAUACCCAGCCGCAAGACGCUGGCAUCUACACCUGCACCGCCAAGAACGUGGGCGGCACCGUAGCCUCCCACUUCCCCCUGGCAGUCAUCCAGAAAACCCCAGGGCGCAGAGAGGGGGCCGGUUGGAACGCAACCCACCUGCCCUUCCCCGCCGAGGAGUGUCUAAAGGGGCCAGACACAGACGACUGUGGGGAAGAGAUCAUUAGCUGGCACUACGAGUCCAAGAGGAACAACUGCUUUACCUUCACCUACAGCCAGUGCAACAAGAACCGCAACCACUUUGACACUUAUGAGGCCUGCAUGCUGUCGUGUGGGGCAGAGUUGUCGGCACCAUGCAGCCUCCCCAGCCUCCAAGGCCCAUGCAAGGCCUACGAGCCGCGCUGGGCCUACAGCAGCAGCCUCAAGCAGUGCCAGUCAUUCGUCUACGGAGGCUGUGGCGGCAACGAGAACAACUUUGAGUCCAAAGAAGCCUGUGAGGAGAUGUGCCCCUUCCCCAAGAACAACAACUGCAAGAUGUGCAAACCACGGGGCAAAAUGGUGGCCAGCUUCUGCAAGAGUGAUUUUGUGAUCCUUGGCCGUGUGACAGACCUGACAGAAGAGCAGGACUCGGGCCAUGCCCUGGUGAUGGUGGAAGAGAUUCUGAAAGACGAGAAAAUGGGCCUCAAGUUCUUCGGCCAGGAACCCUUGGAGGUCACGCUACUCAACAUGGACUGGAGCUGCCCAUGUCCCAACAUCACCAGGGCUGACAGCCAGCUCAUCAUCAUGGGGGAUGUCCACAACGGCAUGGCUGUUCUCCAGCCUGACAGCUUUGUGGGCUCCUCCAGCACACGGAGAGUCCGGAAGCUCCGUGAGGUGGUCCAAAAGAAAACCUGUGAUGUUCUCAAAGAGUUUACCAGCACACAGUAGAUCUGUAGGAGAUUUCCUCUUUCCUGUUACUCCCCCCCCCCCCAUCUCUCUCGUUCUCUCUCUCUCACUUUCCGUGUCAAAGAUCCUCAACAGGCUGCAGAGAACUAGUGUCCACAAUAUCUGCUGGGACCUUUUUCAAAAUCUUUCUUUUUACAGGUCUGUUGGUAAACAUUUCAGAAUUAGAACACAAUUUCAGGAAAAACACUUUCUAAGCAUUCAUGCUACCAGACUGGUUAAUUCUUUAUUCUGUCUCAAUACAUACCCUCCAAUAACCAGAACAAGGCUCUGAAGGACUUUGUGAAAUUAUCUCCCAAAUGAACAGUUUCAGCCACGCAAUGAUUUGUUUCUUUCCAUUGGCCCCCAUACUGACAUUUGGGCAACAAAUGUUAGGACUCAAGUACGCACUGCACAUCUAAUAUCAUAUGAGACUGGAGGUUAUUUUGAAAUGUGAGAUUUACAAUUUACUAGUUGAUAAAAAAGUAAAUAGUAGUGGGAACUUGUAUCAAGCACUUAACAAUAUUCUAGUCCAACUAAAAUGAAAGUCAAUUUAAAUUCAAAAGUAUUAUCUUGAGCAUACUAAUGCCUUACAUAUACAUUGUAUUCCUUAACAAUAUGUGUAUUAUUAUUCAUGGUAAGUGGGUUCUCAAUAGAAACGUUUUGUAAUAUAUGUUUUGAGCUCUUGAGCUUGCAAUGAAGUUAUGCCAAGCUUCAACUAUUUACCAGAAUUAAAUAAGCUUUUUCAUUUUACUCAGUGGGAUUCACUUUUGAAUGACUAUAUGAACCUGUACUAAACAU